AUGGAAAAUAACGAAACAGUUGAGGUAAACAAUGAUGAAAUAUUAUGCUUAUUCAUAGAUACGAAGAAGUAUCAGAAAACGAUAGGUGUUUGCUUUUAUAAUUAUUUAAAAUAUGAAUUUUUAAUGACUGAAUUUAUUGACAAUGGGUAUUUUACCGCCUUAGAAUCAUUGUUUAUACAGAAAAGACCAUGUAAGUGUUUUUUUAAUAGUACCACAGAUUUAGUUGAUGAUGAAAAAGUUUUGAAUCUAUUUAAGAUGUGUAAUAUAGAACCCAUUUUAACGGAUAAAAAAAAAUAUGAUAUAACAAAUUUAAAAGAAGAAUUAAAAUCAAUAAUACCACAAAAUGAUGAUAUUCGAAAUUAUGAUAAACAUUUAGAGUUAGAGAAUGCAAGUAAAUGCUUAAUGGUGUUAAUAAAUUAUUUAAAAUUUAAAGAAGAUGAAGAUAUAAACCAUCAAUGUAGUAUUAAUAUAUAUAAUAUGAAUUUAUAUAUGAGAUUAGAUAAGGCCGCUAUUACUGCAUUAAAUAUACUUCCAAAUAAAAAAAAUACCCAUAGUUAUAAUAAUAAUACAAGCUUAUUAAAAUUUUUAGAUAAAUGUAACACCUCUAUUGGAUCUAAAAAAUUAGUUUCUUGGUUAACACAACCAUUAACAAAUGCUUUAGAAAUCAAUCAAAGACUAAAUAUUGUUGAAACAUUUAUAAAUGAAGAUGAUAUACGUAAUAGUAUUUUUUGUAACUAUUUAAAAAGGAUACCUGAAUUAGAUAAGUUAAAUCAUUACCUAAAAGAAAUAAAUAAAAAUAAUGAUAUUAGAGUAAAUUCGAAAUAUAAUGAAGAAAUGAUAUUAAAAGAUAUUGUAAAAUUAUAUUAUGCAAUUUUAGAUUUUAAACAAAUAUAUUUUUUAUUAGUAUCUAUUAAUGGAAAACAUAAAGAAACAUUAAAUGAAAUUCUUAUUAAACCCUUACAUGAUAUAUUAAAUAAAUUUUCAAGAUUCUUAGAUAUGAUUGAAAUGACUAUUGAUUUAAAAGAAAUUGAAGAAAAUAAAGUUUAUUUAAUUUCAAAACAUUUCGAUUCAGAACUUGAACAAAUAUAUAAUGAAAAAAGUGCAUUAAUGAAAAAAAUUAAAAAUCAUAAAGAAGAUGUAGAAAAAGAUUUAUUUUCUGAUAAAUAUGAUAGACGUAAUAAAAAAGCAAUGAGAGAAGAUAUUAGAUUAAUAGAAUGUAAUACUAAUGGAUUUUUAUUUAGAGUGUGUAAAAAAGAUUGCCCCUUAGUUCAACAACAAAAAAAAAAAUAUUUACCAAUACGUAUGAAUAAAAACGAAUUUUUAUUUACAACAAAUACUUUAAAAAAUUUAUGUAGAGAAUAUGAACAUUGUUUAAGUAUUUAUAAUACACUACAAUCAGAAAUCGUAAAAAAAACAAUAUGUGCUGUAUCUACAUAUAUCCCAGUAAUUGAAAAAUUUAUAGAUGUAGUAUCUACAUUAGAUGUAUUAGUAUCAUUUUCUGUUGUUUGUUAUAAUUCACCUUUUACAUAUGUUAGACCAGCGUUAGUUAAAAAUGGAGAAAAUGUUAUUAUGAAAAAAUCAAGACAUCCAUUAUUAGAAUUACAACAUAAUAUAAGUAAUUUUAUACCUAAUGAUAUACAUAUGAAUAAAAAUAAAAGUAGAUUAAUAAUAGUUACAGGACCAAAUAUGGGAGGAAAAAGUACAUAUAUUAGGCAAAUAGCUAUAAUCUGUAUAUUGGCACAAAUAGGAAUGUUUGUUCCAUGUGAUUUUUGUGAAAUACCUAUUUUUACUCAAAUUAUGUGUCGAGUAGGUGCAUCUGAUUUUCAAUUAAAAGGAAUUUCAACUUUCUUAUCAGAAAUGAUAGAAGCAUCAGCUAUUAUAAAAAAUGCUGAUAAUAAUUCAUUAAUCAUUGUUGACGAAUUAGGUAGAGGAACAUCUACAUAUGAAGGAUUAGGAAUAAGUUGGUCUAUUGGAAAAUAUAUUUUAGAUAAUAUAAAAUGUUUUUGUUUAUUUGCUACUCAUUUUCAUGAAAUGUCAAAUAUAGCUUAUCAAUGUGAAGGUGUUAUUAACAGACACAUCGAAACAAUAAUUGAUCAAAAAAAUAAAAAAAUAUGCUUUCUAUACGAAAUUAAAGAUGGUGCAUCCAAUAAAAGUUAUGGUGUAAAUGUUGCUGAAAUAGCUAAACUUCCUAAAGAUGUUAUACAAAAGGCAUAUGAAAAAGUAGAAGAACUAGAAUCCGCUGAAAAUAAAUACUAUUUAAAAGAAAAGUUAAAUAUUGAUACUUCCUCUACCACCAAUGAAACAUAUAAAAAUAAUAUUUCCAAUUACGUAAAAAUUAAAGAUGAAAUUAAUUAUAUUUUUUCUUCAACAGACGAAACUGAGUUCAUCAAACGAUUUAUGUCCAAAAAGGCAUAUCUCAAGGAGCUCACCAUUUAA